AUGAAAUCAUAUUUAGCAUCGACUCUGUUGAUAGUAGCAAUUGCUUGCUACGCGUCAGCUCGACCACAAGGAAAUGAUAAUGGAUGGCAACAUGGUGGUGGUUCGGGACCACGUGAUGGAGGCAGAUGGAGAAAAAUGUUGGAAAAUCUCGAAUCGUGCCUUGAAAACAGUACAACAACAGGUAAUACGUUAUACAAUGCAGUACAGCAAUAUCUGACUGACGCACAAAACAACGGCUCCUAUGCAUCCGUUUUUUCAUCAUGGUCAAACACAUUAGCAUAUCUUCGCGAUUCAGCCAAUGAACAAGCCUUCUUGGACAAUACAACAGCCUUUUUUCAGAAUUUGAAACCACUAGUUGAUCAAGAUCGGCAAGCGAUCGCAGCACAAAAUCUCACACGUGACGCAUGGGUUGCUCAAGGGAAGCUUAUUCAACAAUUAAAACAAGGACUUAGACAGAUUGUCCAAGACAACUGUGCUGAUUGGUUCUCAAGCAAUACGAAUGACAGCAGCGAAGACGAAGACGGAAAUGAUGGUAAUCCUUGGGGUAGACCAGGUGGAAAUCGUGGAGGACCAGGUGGAAAUCGUGGAGGACCAGGUGGAAAUCGUGGGGGACCAGGUGGAAAUCGUGGGGGACCAGGUGGACGACGACCAUAA